CAAGUGUCGAUCGAGUCAGACGUACAGAAAAUGAAGUGAAAUAAAAAUGUGCUCAAUGAUGAAACUUACUUUGUGCAUUGUGCUAGUUUGCAUCAGUCUAGGGGAAACCAUAUUGAUCUUGGGGCCAAACACAAUACGACCCAAUCGUGAUUAUACAGUGGUGGUCAGUAAUGUUUUUGGUGAAAAUAAAAGUGAUUGCUUGUUAAACGUACGCCUGGAAGGAAUAGGUUCUAACGGUAGUUCCUUGAUAAAUCUCACAGAGACUGCGACCGUGAGGCCAGACAUCAACCGUAGGAUAACUUUCACAGUACCUGCUAAUUUAACCGACGGAAGUUACUCUCUUAUUAUCGAAGGAAAUAAAACUUCGACCAAUACUACCAUUAACCAGACAGCGAAACUUGCAUUUCAUAACUCUUCUAUGUUAGGCUUGAUACAACUGAACAAGCCUAUCUUCAAACAAGACGACAUUCUAAAGUUUCGCGUGAUCGUGGUCGACACCGAUCUCAAGCCACCGCUGGAUCACGAAACAACGGUGUCGGUACACGUCUAUGGGCCCAAGGGUGAUGUGUUUCAUAAAUGGACCAAUGUCUCCCUCAAGAAAGGAGUGUUUGCUAACGAAACAGCAAUACCUACAAUACCGGUGUCUGGGACAUACAAUAUCAGUGUCACAGCCGCUGGGUUUUCCUUUUCGAAACUGUUCGACGUGAGGGACUUUGCGUUGUACUCGAUUGAUCUGAAUAUCACACCGACGGUUGCGCCACUAGCAGAGCAUCAGGCGCUCAAUCUGACUGUAGAAGUUAAAAAUUACAUGGGAAAACCGGUCAGCGGUACAGUGAAGUUCGAUGUCUACCUUUCUCUCGACGAGAAAAAGCUAGAUUCUACCGGGAAAUUGGAUGUCCAUGGAAAAGGAGAAGUCUAUCUUGCUUUUAACGAAAAAGUAGUUAGAGACGAUCCCACUUACGACGUGCUGCUGAAGGUCACCUUUACCGAGCAUUUCUCAAAUCAAACAACUAUUAAAAACCAGAAGAUAACGGUGUUUAAUUACAAAUACAAAGUGACUCACGACUCAAGACUCACGUACCGGCCGGGAACGCCAUUCACCACGACAUUGAAAGUCACUGAUCUUAACGAUGAGCUAGCGAAAAAUGUUACCCUGCUUGUUCAAAUUGGUGGUGCGGAGGGAUUAGUAGUUCAAAAUUAUACAACUAAUACGACCGGUUACAUUACCCUUCAAAAAGCGACCAAUGCAACGACGAAACUGAGCUACUUACAAGUGUUGGAAGGCAUUUACUCGAGGCUGAAUGAAACGAUUUAUGAGCUGGAAAGUGCUGAUAUGUACAUUGAAGUAAAGCUUCUAACACGUGUCAAAUUUAACAGAAUGUUACGGACAAUGAUCUCUUGCUCUCAUGCGAUGACGAAUCUUCUGUACUACGUAAUUUCCAAAGGAAACAUUGUUGACACUGGAUUCUACAGACCAAACCAGAUGUAUAGAUAUUCGUUUCAAGUGAUGGUAUCUGCAAGGCUUAUCCCUCGGUCACGAAUUGUUGUUGCCACCACGGUCAACAACAAGACGAUACUGGGCGCCGUUGAUAUAUUCAUUAACGAGCUCGGAAACCCGCUCGAGGUCAACAUUGAAGAGAACAUCAGCGAAGAUGGUGUUGACCCCGGGGACGAAAUUGAGCUUGCUAUCCGGGGUCGUCCAGGAGCGUUCGUGGCGUUAACAGCAUAUGACUAUCGGUUGCAGCAGCACGGUAAAGAUAACGAUGUCUUUCUAGAUGAUAUUUGGAAAAUGUUUAAUAAGUUUCAUCAGACCGAUGCCAACGCUGCUGGUGUUAUAUCGAGCGCAGGAUUGUUUGCUUGGGUUUCUGAUGAAUUCAUCACACUAUCAGACCGCAAUGAGUAUGAAGCACGUGGAAUGCAUCCGGAUACCCCUCGCGUUGGCAUGCCCGGACCCUAUAGAACUGAGUUUUGGGAGUCGUGGUUGUGGGAGAAUGUGACUGUUCCUAAUUCAGGCUCUGUUGAGCUUGUACAGACAGUACCUCAUUCAGCUACCUCCUGGUACAUAACGGGGUUUUCAAUUGAUACCGACUAUGGUUUGGGUAUCGUGAAGCAACCGAUCCGGUUCUCGACCAUCAAAAUCUUCUUCAUUUUGGACCAUUUGCCCAAGUCCAUCAAACGGUACGAGGCAGUACGGUUGCAUUUUACUCUGUUCAGCACACUCAAUGAAGAGUUUGAGGCCACCGUCGAGAUGUUUAACACAAAGAAUCAGACGCAGUUUGUCGAUGAGAAUGGUCAGGACACGGGAGAAGUGACUGCAUCGAAAAAUGUGGACGUUCCAGCGAAUUCCGAUGCUCCAGUCUCCUUUUUAGUAAAGCCAAUGAAGUUGGGUGAGCUGGAGAUUCGGUUGAAUGCAUCGAUCUUGCAAGGUCUUAUCUCCGAUAGCUUCAAGAAGAUUAUCAAAGUACUUCCGGAAGAUUUGAAGAUAGGUGAAGGAACAAAUACUACGCAUAUCCAACAUGGAUCUAAUUUGAACACAUCGUACGAGAUACCGUAUUCGAUUAAAAAGAUCGGAGAAAAUGGUUCAAUUGAAGUUGGCUUAACAAUCAGUCCUGAUACGGAAGCUCCCAAAAAUAUUCCAAACAAUUUAAGUGUGUCAUUCCGUUACGGUGACAUGCAAGAAAAAUUGCGUAUAAUUUCGGAACCGAAGAAGAACGUGACAAUAGAAUCCAUACCAGCUCAUGUCAAGCGUUUUGACGUGAACGUGAACGGUGUUGGUUUUGGACACGUUCGGGUUGACUGGGAAAACCGUGUAAAUUUAAUGGAUUACAAUCCCAGCUUUCGUUUAAACAUGAUCAAGCUGCCAACCGCUACCAAGUUGCUGAAGCAGCUUGAAGUUUGCUGCAGCUUCAUUUCAGAGAACCAGGUUGACUAUUCAAACGAAACACUGGUGGAAAUUAGUAUACCAAUAGGCUAUGCAAUGGAUAACCAUAGUGUUGAGCAUACAACCGACAAUGUUAUCAGUAGUUUCGACAUAUUGCAUGAUGGAACAACUUUGAUGGUAUACUACGAUAGUAUCGGUAACGAGACGACUUGCUUUACUGUCUUUGCGUACAGACGGUAUCGAAUGCCUGUCAAAAGACCAUCGUUCAUUAAAGUGCAAGACAUCGAACGCCCAGGAUUGAAUGCGAUCCACAUUUUCAACUUCUAUUAG